CCGCCCAUCACACACCCCAGCACACCAGCGCAGGAAACUUAUAACCUCGGGAGGCAGGUCCCUCCCUUCACUGUGGUCACAAACCUUCAGAGGAGCGGACCAACUGACCAGGCAGCUGCCAGCUUCUGCCACUCAGGGCACCUCCGUCGCCGGGACCCUCAGGACUCUCUGUACUUGCAAGUCACCAGAAAGCCAAGAUGUUGGUAUUACUGGCUGGCAUCUUUGUGGUCCACAUCGCCACCGUCAUUAUGUUAUUUGUUUCCACCAUUGCCAACGUCUGGGUGGUUUCCGAUUAUGGAAAAGCCUCAAUAGGUCUUUGGAGAAACUGUACCGACUUGAACUGCGAUGGAGCCCUGCCAUACGCCAAUGAAGAUGCGCUCAAGGCAGUGCAGGCCUUCAUGAUCCUCUCCAUCAUCUUCUCCGUCAUCUCCCUCGCGGUCUUCGUGUUCCAGCUCUUCACCAUGGAGAAGGGAAACCGCUUCUUCCUCUCGGGGGCCACCAUGCUGGUGUGCUGGCUGUGCAUUAUGGUUGGUGUGUCCAUCUACACUCAUCAUUAUGCAGCAGGUGAUGGCAUCUACGCUAAGAGUCACCAUGGCUAUUCCUUCAUCCUGACCUGGAUCUGCUUCUGCUUUAGCUUCAUCAUUGGCGUCCUCUACCUGGUCCUGAGAAAGAAAUAAGGCUGAACAAGCUUAUGGGGAUCUGGGGGGUGGGGAGGAGGAAGCCGUUGAAUCUGGGAGGGAAGUGGAAGUGGCUCUGCAGGAAAAACCAAGAGGGAGGGGGGCGGGGGAGGGAGAAGUAAGGGUGGGAGAGGUUGAAACCCAAACCAUUACCGAGGAGGUUCUCUACUGUCAAGCCCCUGCCCUUGGGAGAAAGCAGUUGGCUGGAACUUUGAUGUUCUCUUGAUUGGGCCUGAGAGCCUCUCUCCAGCCACCAGACUUGGCCUCCAGCUGUUCUCAGUUACACACACUUCCUGGGGCCCCAUCAGCUGCCACACCACGAGCUCCACUUCCAAAGGUGAAUGCUGGGUCUCGCACUGUGGUCCUCAGACCUACUGCACCAAGUUAAAAUAGCGGUACAAGCUCUGGCAAGAGCAGAUAUUGUUUUUGUACUGAAUAUACUAAGCCUGGAAGCCCUCCCGCCCUCCCGACCCAAAGCAAAACAUCACAUUCCAGUCUGAAGGGCCCACAGGAGGGCUUUGGUCAGCGAGCCAGCAUCCCUCUUUAGAACAGAUAUUUAGCUCUGUGGAAUUCAGUGGUAUUUGUGACAAAAUGGGAGGAAGAAAUACAGUCAUAAAGCCAAGUUGGUGGGUUAGCCAAACCAAGAAAGAGAACUUUUCACAAUGGAAGACCUGGGGGAUGGUCAAAACCCAGACCAGACCUCACACAGCUAGCUAUCCCUCAUGGAGACCUCUUGUUACGGACUUUGCUAGGCCGCUUGUUUAAAGACAAGGCAGCUCUUCUGGAAUUUCUGUAAAGCCACUAACGACCAAUUCUGUGGUGAAAGCACCACACAAAUUAUGGGAUCAGGGGCAGUCUUGCAACAGUGUUGUAUUAGGGUUAUGAUUUUAGGAUUCCCCUUUCCAUGCAAUCAAUGUUUCUUUUAGGUAUAUAAUGGGAGAGAGGUGGACAUAGCCCCUAGUAACACAAUCUGUUACUCUCCAUCUAGAUGAUAAACUUUUGAGGAAGUUUUAUCUAAUUAUCCAUACUGGGGAUCAGGGCUCCUGGUCUCUAUGGCAUCUCUAGCUUUGACACUGGCCGGAGUGGCCACGUUUCAGAGGCCCUACAUGUCCUGCUUCAUAGGUGAGGCAGGGCAAUACUGAAACACACGAACCAAAAUCAAACAACAGAUCUUUGGGUGAAAGGUGCUAUGUAAUUGUAAAGUAGUAAGCAUACUAGGUUUCAAUCAUGAUAAGAACAGAGUGCCUGUGCCCCCAGGAAAAUAACAUUCCCAUGAGAUAAAUAAAAAUAUAGGUGAUGGGCAGAUAUUUUCUUUAAGAAUCAAAAGAAGGGAACAAACUCUUGUGGUACGUAGUCAGAUAAUUGAUCUGUCUGUUGCCGCAAGAGAAUUUCUAUAUAGGACCUAAAAGCAGUAUGUUAUUCCUGGUUAAGCAGGCAUUUCCCUGGUCUGGAGCAGCUAUUUUAAGCCAUUUUGGAUUCUGCCUAAAGGGUUAAUUGUGGGAAGACAUUUCCUUUAUCACCCUGAGAAGAUCUACCCUAGGGAGAAUCUGAGACACCUUGCCUACUUUCCUUCUGCCAGCUCUCUCCUCAUCCCAUUUCUUAUAUACUUUUCCUUUCUGGGGGAGUUGUUAUGCCAUGAUUGCUGGUAUUUAUGUAAAAAGACUAUUACUAAGUAUAUUUCUCUAUGUUAAGGAAAUGUUGAGGGCAGGCCACGAAAUCCUCUGGGCUGGGGUAGAGAGGGUGGCAAGCAAAAACUGUGGGAUGAUAAACUUUUUAAUUAUGAUUUAAUUAUCACAUGAUUAUAGAAGGCUGUCUUAUGUGCAGAAGCAUACUUACAUAUCAGAUAUAUCCAAAAGAGAUACUCGCAUUAUGUUAAAAAAUUCAAACUAUGACUGGAGUGAACCGUGUAUUCCCUUGUCUUUUACUUUGUUUCUGUGCCAUUUAUGUCUCAUGUAAUUUGCAUUACAUUGGUGGGUUGUUCUAGUACUGUAUUUGGCUUCUUCUUUAAUAGAUUGAUAUUUCAUAUACUAUAAUUGUAAAUAUUUUGAUACAAAUGUUUAUAACUCUAGGGAUAUUAAAACAGAUUCUGAUUCCUUUCA